GGCCCUCGCUCUGCUGCAAGUCCCGCUCGUCUUCGCCAUCGGCGCCGCGCGCGCCGCGGCCGUUGGCCAGGCGCCUGGGGUGGUCGGCGGCGGCCCGAGCCUUAUCAAGCUCCAGCGCGAAGUGUAUCCCGUGCACAGCGCAGGCAAGGUGGUGGCCCUAAAGGCUCCUCGUCGACAGCUUCCUGGUGCGCCUGCGGGACUUGGUGGAGCUCUUGGAGGCGGCGCCGUCGUGGUCUGAGCUCUGGCCGACCUUGAUCAUCUUCAUUGGCAAGGAAGGUGGUGGGCUACGCCCUUUCGCUCUGAUUGCCAGCCUGCUGUGCGUGUGGAGCCGCUUGCGGCAGGACAUCGCCCAGGAGAGGGAGCGCGAACACAGGUUGGCAGCUUUCUGGGGAGUGCGCGACAAGUCGUGUGACCGUUCUGGAAGGGAGCACAAACUGAUGGGUUAUUAUGGCCAUUGCGUCGGCAUGGACUCGGGGUCGCUUUCCACCGACUUGAAGCAAUCCUACGAGCACGUCUCGCUGUCGGCGCUUGGCGGCGAGGCGGUGGCAGCGCAGUUCAACCUGAAGGUCCUACGCGCGGCUUGUGCCCUGUACAGUGGUCUGGGGGGGAUCACCUUCCAGGAGGUUGCAGUACGGUGUUCGUGGUGCCUGACGGCACAGUACUGGAGGUGCCGUGCCGAAAUAUAAUUGCCCUUCUCCUGUGGCUCUAAUCCGCAAUGUUUUACUGUGCCGUGAUGAAAGAUUGCCCCAUUUUGACGGGUCGGAAGAAGUGCAUCCUUCGUCCGCAGUGCGAGCACAUGUCUGUGCCGCGAUGACAGAUUGCCCCAUUUUGACGGGUCGGCAGAAGUGCAUCCUGCGUCCGCAAUGCGAGCGCACGUCUGUGCCGUGAUGACAGGCUGCCCCAUUUUGACGGGUCGGCAAAAGUGCAUCCUGCGUCCGCAAUGUGAGCGCACGUCGCUAGUCGCCCCGUUAGGGACGUGGAGCCUGGUACAAUGUUACGGGGAGGUGCCUCGCUUUCGGGGCGGAGUUCGAACCUGGGCUGUCGGGGCGCGGUUCGAACCUGGAUUUGGU